GCUCGCCCUCCCAUGCCGCAUUGGCACAGUCCGGGACCGGAGCUGGCCGGAGUCACAACGCUGCGAGCCGCGAGAGCCUCUGGUGGAACACGCGCUCGCCCGCACACCGCUGCGUCCUCGUCGGGGACAUGAGGGCUCGACGAGGACUCGGGCGCUGACGGCCAGGCAGGGCCCGCGCCGGUAGAGAGAGGGACACAGCAAUGGGCCGCGAUGUCAUCCCAGGUUAGACGAGCACGCGGGCCCGGUCGGCAUGGAGCGCCGGGGGCGCGCGCCCACGACUGACCCGACGGCUCGAGGGCCGGCCGGGCGGCGCACGACCGCUCGCACGCCACCGCGGGCCGGGGCGCGUGGCGGAGCGCGGGGCGGGCCACGGGGCGCAGCGCGGGGGCCGCGGGGCGGCGCGGGCACCUCGGGCCGGUCCGGCCGCUCUGGAGCGCGGGGAUGGUGGGCUAGCCGCGCGUGCCACUCGCACCACCAUCAUCACCACCACCUCUCUCUUUUCGUCCUGCUGCUGCUCCUCGUCUUCGUGCUGCACUUUUUCUUGUCGCCGGCUUUCGGUUGACCUCUCGUCCUCACUCUCACCUUCUCUCUCUGUCUCUCUAUUUCCCCUAAUCCCGAUUCACUGGGACUAGCCUUCCCCCCUCCCUCUCUCUAACUCCACUCCCAAAUUCUCCCUGGUCCCCGUCGAGCCAUGGCCGCCCCCGACGACUGCUCCGCGGGCGCCACGCCGGGCAUCCUGCGCAGGCACAACAACAGCGCGGCCAGCUCCGCACCGCGCCGCCUCCAGUUCCUCGACAACGAUGUGUCUCGGUCGACGCGCUCGCCAAAGCACCAACCGCCGGCCGCGCGACCGUCUGCCAGCCAGCGGCUCGAGGCCAUCGCCAGUCAGAUGCAGCAGCGGCAUGAGCAGAUGUACCAGCAGCAGCAACAGCAGCUGCAGCAGAUGGCGGCGGGCGGCGGCAUCGGCCCGACCCGGGGCGCGCACUGGCCGCCGUCGCGGCGCCGCGAGGAGGCGUCGGCGCUGCGGAACCUGAAGCGGGCGCUAGCCAACCGGGGCAUGCGGACGGGCGAGGACGAGGACGAGGAGCGCGACAAGGACAAGGACAAGGAGCGCGACCAAGACGGGGACGGCGACCUCGCCGACAGGGUGGCCAACCUCGCCCUGGAAGACAACCGCAAGCACCUCAUCGAGAAG